GGCUGAGAAUUGGCAGUGGCACCUGAGAGUAUUGAAACAGGAGCACCACGCUCCUCUCCACACAGUAUCACUGCCACACUCGACGUGCUAACAGUGGCAGAAAACAACAGUGAUUGCACACACGGUCUGAAGGAUGGACUAAGAGCUGACCUUUGGGAUUAUAGUGGAAGUGGGAGGGUGUGUGUGUGUGUGUGUGUGUGUGUGUGUGUGUGUGUGUGUGUGUGUGUGUAUACUGUGUGAGCUGGCUGCAACAGCUGCUUGAGGGGACAGGUAACUUAUUAACAAGAAUGGAGCAAAGGGCUUGCCACGCCUUGACCUGCCACAGAAACCAAAAAUGAAAAUUUCAGCAUCACUGUAGUCACGCUCACCUUGUGACUACCUGAGACAAGUCUCCUUCCUUGUACGUGCACACACGUGGACACUGAGUGUGUCUCUUCAUGUCAAGCAAAGGAGGACACAAAAGACACAAGCAGCACGCGCCUGGAUCACAUGUAAACAAUCAGCACUUGGCUGGAUUUGCUUAGGUCGUUUUAGUGACGAGGAGGUGGUAGUCACUCAGGCCAGCCAGACGCUGAAGGCUGUAAAAAAUGGACCCUCUGGAGGAAUACCGCUCUCCGUUUGACUUUGAACAAGGAGUCAACACCAGCUACCUCUAUCUCUCCCCAGCCUUAAGCGACACGCCGCCCAGCUCGCCAGCUGUCAGAACCAGAGGUUCCCAGGGCCAUCCGGACUCAGUCCCAGAAGUGGGAGAAGAUGCAGUGACGUCUGUUGGUGCUUCAGCUUCAACACCCGCCUUGACAGAGGAAGAGCGUCAGGAGCUGCAAGAGGAGCUGGCUAAGGUUGAAGAUGAGAUCCAGACUCUGUCCCAGGUGCUGGCAUCCAAAGAGAAGCAGUUGGCAGAAAUUAAGAGGAAGCUGGGCAUCACCCCUCUUAAUGAGCUGAAACAGAACAUCACCAAAACCUGGCAGGAGGUCACUGGCUCCACGGCCUACAGGAGGACUUCUGAAACUCUGUCUCAGGCGAGUCUGAAGGCUACAACAGCUUUCACAAAUAUGGGCUCAGCCAUCACCCGGAAGCUCGAGGAUGUCAGGUCGCACUAUGUGUCUAAUAAGUUUAGCAUACAGUCAUUACAGCACUCGGCUAGUAUGCCUGCUAUAAGGAAUGCACCAACCUUCAAAUCAUUUGAGGAGAAAGUAGAGACUCUGAAGACCAAGAUGAAUCCAUCGACAUCCGCCAGUGAUGCCAGCAACCAGGACGGCGCUGAUACUCCAACCAAUGAGCCUUCGCUCAAUCAGCCAGACAAGUCCCCCUCCCAGGAGGAGCCGAUACACUGAGAGGGUCUAACCACUCCUCACUCACUCCCUCUCUCUCCCUCUCUGUGUCAACCUUCUAACCCCUGGGCCAUCUACACUCACCCACUAAAGUGUGUGUGCCAGUUUCCCUUUAUUGGAAACCAGUGACUCCUCCCUACCCACUCCCAGCCCCCCUUGAUCUAAUUGUCAGACCUUUUCUCAUGACACGUGCUCUCACUUGUUAACUACCACAGAAAAUGAAAGCAUGGGAUGGGUGCAGGCAUGUGGUCGUUUUCCGUGUAUCUUCGAGUCUCCUCUGGCUCACUGUGGGAGAAAUCCUCCCCGCUGUGCCACUUUCCUUUUCCCCUUUAUCUUUUCGCUCUUGCACUCCUCAUGUCUCUGCCUUUGCCUAACCAGCAUAGAUGCCAAACAUGCUCUGAUUUUUUUUUUUAUUAAAUAUAUAUAAAUGUAAGACUUUAAUGUGCAUUUGAGUGUAGAAAAUUGCACUUGUGUAGUGAAGUAUUUAAACUGUGCAUAUGAACCAGGCAGUUGUCGGCUUCUAGCUUGUGCAUGGCCCUCUGUUAUAUGUUAGUUAUUAUUAGAAGCACUUGUUUGGUCUGCUUCCAUUUUGGGGUCAUUCUAUGUUUACCUGUUUUGGUUCUAAUCUGAUUUUUUUUUUUUCUUUAAUUUUUCUUACAACAUAAUCGCAAAGUAAUUUAACACUGUGUUCAAAGAACAAAGACAAAGCAGAUGCCUUUUAGUGUCAUAUAGGUUCAGCACUUUGUAUGAGUACUGUGGGUUUAAUGAGUGUUUCAUGAAUGCAAACACAGAUUCCAAAGUAGGAAUUUCAAAGCAUGGGAAAGAGGAGAUACCCCCCUCCCUUUAUGACAAUGUCAGAGGAUGAUCUCCACGCUCAGAUAGUUGCAGGAAAACUGCCAAGAUCAGCAGAACAGAUAGAUAGAGCAAACAUGGCGUCAAGGUUCAGCCUUGACCCGAAGUGAGAGAGGGGGAGGGGGGAGGGGGGGCACCUCUCUUCCAGAGCCAGAGUCAAUAUUUAAACACUUCUUCAUUGUUCCUGCGAGGGAGGCAACACCUAAACCUCCCCACACUGUGUGUGAUAAAAGGCCAGGCAAGAGGAUGUUUCACUGAUAUAUAAUGUAACAGAGAAGGUUCACCCCCUGUUUUGAAUAUGCAUACUGUGCAUAACAGGCUUUUUCUUCCUUUUUGGGGGAAGUUGAAUAAAAUAUUAAAAGUCUGAUUCUGCUGGUAGAUUCUUGGCAGACUGCACUGGCACAUACAGUAUUGGGUAAAAAAAAAAAUGCUGCUUUGAGAGAACAAUCACCUUUCCUGGGUGUUGAAGGUAAACUUUGUGUUGCAUCUGCAAUGAGGACUAUUGUUUUGAGCUGGCUAUUGAUCCUGCAUAUCCUAGAAACCUUUAAACUACUGAACAAGGAAUGAAAUGAAUUGUCUUCUACCCGUGGGUGCUGAUUGAGGUUCAAUAAACCUGGAAGGGCAAACAAGGCCACUGUAAAGUCAGCCAAGACUUCCUCUGAGACACGAGCAUAACUGAACUACUGAUUUGUAACCCUUCCCUUCUGGGUGCACGACCAACCUUGUGCAAGUCUUCCCCUGCUGGUGGCUUGAAUGUGAAUCAGCUCUCCCAUGCACAGUCGCCGCCAUUAACGCCACACAGACUGUGGAUCGGCAACACUGUUUUCCAGAAAUGAGUGAAUUUGUUGCAGCCUUUUAUCUGAGGCGUUUUUAUUUGGAGUCGUUUAUUCAACACACGCAUUUGUUCUUUAAUGGAACCAUAGAGAUAAAAAAUACACUCAAAUUAAAAGACUUUUGAAGUAA